GGGUUACAGAAAUUAAGGGGAGGUUACAAAGAGUUUAUUAUGCUCUUAUUAUGUGUGUCUCCCGUUUCUGCUUCAUUAUGUGUGUGCCUUCCGUUUCAGCUCGUUUUUGCUCUUUCUGUUUCAUCCUCCUCGGGUUGGGAAGAACUCGCCCUCGAGUCAAAUUCAUCAUCUUCAUCAACGUACGGAGAUAAAUCAGCGACAUUGAAGGUAGCAGAUACACCAUAAGAACCAGGAGAGGCACCAGAGGUUGAAUUGGCUGUGAAAGAUAUUUCCAAAAGUAUUAAAGAAAUUCAGAAGAAGUGCCAGAAGUAGCUAAGGAAGCUCCUUCUCAAGCUUGACGAAGAAAAGAAUAAGUUGAAUGCAGUCAAUGAGGAGAAAAAGGCUGUAUUUAGGGAAAAAUAUGAAAUAGAGUCUACUGUUAUUCGUUGUUGUUUUUCUAAUGAUGUGAUGAGAUCAGAAAAACUUAAGAUUUUGGAUAAAGAAUUUGCUAAAACAAUUGAAGAUUUGGAAUACCAACAUGAAAUACUUCUCAAGGAUCUUGAAGCUGUACGACUGGAAGCAAGGCAGAAAUUCCAACAUUGGCAGGCUGCUUGGAUAGAAGAAGUGAGUUAUUGGGCUAAAGAUAGGUUGAAAACAUUUCUUUUAAAGGAAUUUGGGUCUGGGUUGAAAUACUCAAAGACCAGUGACCAUGCUCAGCCUCAUGAUGGUUCAAAGAAUGUUGGCAUUGUAUCUGAUCAUGUUGAUGAAGGUCCCAUUGCAGCUUCAUAUAGGGGAUUGAUAUCUAGAAACAAUGGCCAUAGUAAAGCUGAAAGUGCGUGUGAAAAUCAAGGGCAUAUUGUGUCUAUGCUUUCUUAUUCCAAAGAACAUGAUUCUAAUAGAGCUACUGAUGGGGCAUAUAAAGAUGAUGGCCAAAAUAAUUCUAGUUAUUCUUGUAGGGAUGACAUAGUCAGUUCAGUUCUACCUUCAUCUGAAGGAAAGAUAUGUGAUGGGAAAACUUUGAAUGCUUCUUGUGAACACCAUAUUUUUUGCAACGACACUCACAGAAAUGACUCUUGGAGCCAUGGCCUCAUCACUCUUAUUCAACUCAAUUCCAUGAAGAAGGAAAUCCUCAGCAUUUGUUUCGGUUACCAGAUGCUAUGUUGUGCAUUGGGAGGGAAGGUUAGGCGAUCUCACAUUGGUUGGGACAUUGGUAUGAGAAGCACAACCUUGACAUCAUCAUCGCCAUUGUCUCCGACGUCUAUCAUGCUGCCAUCAAAGCUCUCCAUAAUCUAA